UUCAGGGCACAGCAGUAUUAGUUGAGAUAGAAGCGAGAAACGGUUAUUCUCCUGUUUAGUUGGUCGAUUCGAAAAAAAAGUUUGAAAUGCAAAAAAAGUUUGAUCAAAUAGUUAUUCGGUUCUAGUUGUUCUGUUGUUAUCGUCGAUUAUAUAUAGUUUUUGUUAAAAAAGGAGUAAUUAUUGAUAGGUUUUUCAUACCAGAAUGUGUCCCUCACCUCAUACGCAAUCAAAAUCAUAAAGUGUGAAAAUCUAAAGGGUUACUGGGGGUAUUGAGGUGUGAUUCAAGUGAAAAAAAUAUAAGUUCCUUCAAUUCUCUACGCUGUUCAAUCGCCCAGUGAAAAAAUGAGGUUUUUAAAACGAAUUAGUUGAAGGGUAAGAAAAUUGCGACGGUCCUUGGAAAUUUGACCGCAGUGGCUGAAAAGAAGGAGGAGCUUUAGUCAGUCAGCAGUUGUGCCGCUCCUCCGAAGUGAGUGUCACCUGCAAUAUGAGAUGUGUUGAAUGCGGGAUGCGAGACAAAUAAAACUGAUAAUGGGAUUAAACGUGGAAACCUACUGUUUAAUGCGGUUACAAAACACCAAAUCUCGUUCAUUCAGAAAAUCAUCAGCAGCAGCAGCAGAACGAGGCACAUCGAAUGAGUUCUCAUUUUCAGCUGGAAAGAACUGGCUAAGAGGAAUUGAUAUAAGUGACUAAAGUGUAAAAUUUGUUCGGUUCUGUUCAGUGGUUGUGCUUUUAAUAUCUAGAUAUAAAAAAAAUCUGUGCUUAAUAAAUAAAAUCACAGGGAAUUGUGUGGUUAGAAGGUGUUUUAGAGAUAUUUGACGAAAAUCUUCGCUCUCGGUUUAUGCGUGUGAAACCAUAAAGUAUGUAUACCGAUAGCAGUAUUGUGAUUUUACAACGAAGUGGAGAACAUCUACUAUAUCGAGAUCAAUCUGGAGCACUCUGAGUGAACGAAACGUCUGACAAUGCCAGGAGGGAGACGGGGGCUGGUGGCUCCUCAAAACACGUUCCUGGAAAACAUCAUACGUCGGUCUAACUCACAGCCGGAUAGUUCUUUUCUGCUAGCAAAUGCUCAAAUUGUGGAUUUUCCGAUUGUCUACUGCAAUGAGGCUUUCUGCAAGAUUAGCGGUUACAACCGGGCGGAGGUUAUGCAGAAAUCGUGCAGGUGUGGUUUCAUGUACGGGGAGCUGACGGAAAAGGAAACGGUAGCCCGGGUGGAGUAUUCCCUGGAACAUCAGCAGCAUGAUCAGUUUGAAGUUUUGCUCUACAAAAAGAACAAAACUCCGCUAUGGCUUCUACUACAGGUGGCGCCCAUUCGAAACGAACGGGACCUGGUGGUACUAUUCUUGCUCACAUUCCGCGACAUCACGGCCCUGAAGCAGCCGAUCGACAGCGAAGAUACGAAAGGAGGCCUGUCAAAAUUCGCCAAACUUGCUCGAUCUGUUACCCGGAGCCGUCAAUUCAGUGCGCAUUUGCCUACGCUAAAGGAUCCUACAAAGCAAUCUAAUCUAGCUCAUAUGAUGUCAUUAAGUGCCGAUGUUAUGCCACAAUAUCGCCAGGAAGCGCCAAAAACACCGCCGCAUAUUUUAUUGCAUUAUUGUGCAUUCAAAGCAAUCUGGGACUGGGUGAUAUUGUGUUUAACGUUUUAUACUGCAAUUAUGGUACCAUACAAUGUAGCCUUCAAAAACAAAACAUCCGAGGAUGUGUCACUACUGGUAGUUGACUCGAUAGUCGAUGUUAUAUUUUUCAUAGAUAUUGUAUUGAAUUUCCACACAACAUUCGUUGGCCCUGGAGGAGAAGUGGUUAGCGACCCGAAGGUUAUUCGUAUGAAUUACUUGAAAUCAUGGUUCAUUAUUGAUUUGCUCAGCUGUCUGCCGUACGAUGUCUUUAACGCAUUUGACCACGAUGAAGAUGGAAUUGGUUCACUUUUCAGUGCGUUAAAAGUGGUGCGUUUACUGCGACUGGGGCGCGUCGUUAGGAAGCUAGACCGGUACCUGGAGUAUGGAGCCGCGAUGUUAAUCCUACUGUUAUGCUUUUAUAUGCUGGUUGCGCACUGGUUAGCAUGCAUUUGGUACUCCAUAGGCCGCAGCGAUGCCGAUAACGGGGUGCAGUACAGCUGGCUAUGGAAACUAGCCAAUGUCACCCAGAAUCCAUACUCGUACAUGUGGUCCAAUGAAACUAACGCCCCGGAACUGGUGAAUGGACCGUCGAGGAAGACGAUGUAUGUUACGGCGCUGUAUUUCACGAUGACAUGCAUGACAUCGGUUGGAUUCGGAAAUGUAGCUGCUGAGACGGACAACGAGAAGGUAUUCACUAUCUGCAUGAUGAUAAUUGCAGCGCUUCUGUACGCCACCAUUUUCGGUCAUGUAACCACAAUUAUCCAGCAAAUGACAUCCGCCACGGCAAAGUACCAUGAUAUGUUGAACAAUGUGCGAGAGUUCAUGAAACUGCACGAAGUUCCGAAGGCACUAAGCGAACGGGUAAUGGAUUAUGUCGUGUCCACCUGGGCCAUGACGAAAGGAUUGGAUACCGAUAAGGUCCUAAACUAUUGCCCAAAGGAUAUGAAAGCGGACAUUUGUGUACACCUGAAUCGAAAAGUAUUCAACGAGCAUCCAGCGUUCAGGCUGGCUUCGGAUGGAUGUUUACGAGCGCUAGCCAUGCACUUUUGCAUGUCGCAUUCCGCUCCAGGCGAUCUGUUGUACCAUACCGGCGAAAGCAUCGAUAGCUUGUGUUUUAUUGUCACUGGAAGCCUAGAAGUCAUACAGGACGACGAGGUGGUGGCCAUUCUGGGCAAGGGGGAUGUUUUCGGGGACUCCUUUUGGAAGGAUUCGGCCGUCGGUCAGAGUGCAGCAAACGUGCGAGCACUAACUUACUGUGAUCUACACGCGAUAAAACGGGACAAAUUGCUCGAAGUAUUAGAUUUUUAUUCGAGUUUUGGUAAUAGUUUUGCGAGGAAUUUAGUUCUGACCUAUAAUUUAAGGCAUCGAUUAAUAUUUAGGAAAGUAGCGGAUGUGCGACGAGAGAAAGAACUGGCUGAGCGGCGGAAAAAUGAACCCCAGUUAGGCUCUAGCCAAGACCACCUGGUAAGAAAAAUAUUUUCAAAAUUUAGACGGGCUCAGCAGAGUGCACAAGGAACAAAGGAGCAAACUGGUUUCACUCAGAGCGAUGUUGAGAAGGGAGACACAGAUACAGACAAAGGAAAGCUGCCGGCUAAGCUAACACUUACCGAAGACUCUCGCGUCCUAACAACCGUCCCAUCACCAUCACCAUCACCGUCACCUUCGUCCGGACCCCCGUCGGCAAAAGGAGCACGGGCUAGCAAGUGGGGACGCCUGCUCGGUAGUUCUAGUGUUGAUUCGGCCAGCGAUACUAGCACAAAGGUAGCUGUUUCGAGAAGCUUAAGUGCACGUGAAAGUUUGCGUGAAAGUGCACAAGGUAGAGCCAGUAUUAGUUCGAGUAGUAAUGGCGGUCAAGGCAAUAAGAUUUUUCCAAAAGCUCCGAAGUUAUCAGCUGGACCAGCCACAUUAGCACGGCAGGAUACAAUUGACGAAGGAGGGGAAGUCGACCAUACGCCUAAUCGAGAGCGACCCAAUGUAGUGCAUAUUGAACGUGACGGUAGUAAACCUCCAUCCUUGGAACGGCAGCCUACCGAACGUGAUCGUCUGUUAGAUAGUGCCAGUACAAAUAGAGAUCGUGAACGCGAACGAGAACGUGAACGGGAACGAGAGCGUGAACGAGAAAGAGAGCGCGAACGGGAGCGACACAUGGAUCGAAACUUAUCGCUCGAACGCGAGAGACAAAUAGAAAUGGCCCAAUCUAGAGCGACCACAUCCGAUACGUACGAUACGGGCCUACGAGAGCAGCCAUCAACGUUGGCACAACGGGACUUAAUCGCGACAGUACUAGAUAUGAAGGUAGAUGUCCGCUUGGAAAUGCAGCGGAUGGCACAAAGAAUGAGCAAAAUCGAGGAACUGCUAAACGAACUUAUCAACCGAAUACAGAUCGAUUCAUCCGGUCAAAGUUCUCCCGGAGAUAUGACAGGCACCAACGUUGUUCCGACCUCCACUGCAAGCACAAAUAACCCCAGCUCCAAUCCAAGCCCAACAACCAGCAUACUGAAUCCGGCACCAGGGACCGCUGGAACAGUAACCUCACCAACAACUCUGAUUCCCGGAGGAAACGGAUUAGGACCUAUACUGCUACGAAAGCGAAGAUCUAAAAGUCGUAAAGCUCCUGCACCUCCGAAGCAGAGCCCCGAACAGACGCGGCUGCUCGAGGCUGAACCAUCCUCCUCGUCCUCCACCAGAAAACGCGAGUUCCUCUAGCCCCGGAUUCUCUUGCGGCAUCAGGCAGAUAACAGCUCGAGUGAACAACAGCAAUAGACAAGUGAGAGUAGUUUUUUGGCUCGCAGAACAGCAUAUGGUCGCAUUCAUUUCUUUGAAUUUCACGAAAUUUUAUUAUGUGGUUCUAAUUGAAUCGAAAACAAAACUAAGUGACAAGUUGGUGCAAAGCAUGCAGUCUUUGAUUCUUCUACAAUUGAUCUCCUUAGAUCUUUCUGAUUCGAAAUGCCUUUUUCAAUGUCGUUGUCAGCAAAGAAAGCUUUUCGCUCCUUUUUCCUAUAUUCCAUACUUUAUGUUGUAUAACAGGCCAGCCGAACGAUUUAAAAUGAGUUUUCUUUAGAUAUAUAUUAAUUUUUAUUUUAUUUUUAACAAACAGUGUUUCAAUAUGAUAGAUCUGAUCUUUUCAUUUUACAUCUACAUCUACAUCUACAAUUUUAAUACUCGCAAAACGUCUACUUCCUCGUUGAACUUUUCUUCAGAAAUUUUCUUAUAUUAUAUACAAUGUUUGACGCAAAGUAAAGCACAAUUAGAAAUACCCGUUUAUUAUGUAAUUUUGUAUUAUGAAUGGAUAUAUAAGCAUUUAAAAUGUGCAGUUCGUCUAAACUUUCCAAUUGAAAUAUUUACUAGGAAUACUGCAUGUUUCUAGAAAGAAACGGCAUUUUUGACGGCAAACGCAAUUUUAUUAUCAUAAUUUCCACAGUAAAUUUCGCGAAAUUCAAAGGCUAAUGCUUCAAGUGUACUCUGCAUUUGCCUAAAGAAAAUAAGUUUUCGAACCAAUCAAGUUAUCAAAACAGUAACCUAUUGUAUAUAUUCACUCAUCGACAACAAAGGACAAUUGUUACAAUUUGUAUGAUAUAAUCAAAAACCAGAAUCUUCCUACUAUAUUCUUUAAAUUGUUUUUCCCACCAAACUUGCGUUAGUCGUUUCCAAAAAGAAUAUUAUUUACCCCACUAGCAGAAGCAUUAUUUAUUGCCGCCCCAUCGACAAGAGUGAGCGAUUCCUGAACGAUUUCCUAAUCAUAGAUGUGGCAAUCAAUCUUGACAGUUUCCCGAUGACAAGCGUAUUUUUACACAAAGCUUUUCAUCAGAAAAAAAUCAGCAACUUGGGUAGAGUUUACUUUAUUAGGUUCGCUUAAUAAUCUUCGGAUUCUGAAACAUCACAACAAGAAUUUCAACAAUAACUAAAUGCUAUCAACCCACAGCAGACUGAUUUGGAAACAAUCAUUUAUUAUUGGAAAUGUCAAACAAAUAAACGCUUUUUAUUCAAAUUAUUGAUAUUUACGAAUCAAUGAUUCCCGAUAGUAGCAAUAGUUAAAAAUACCAGAUAGAUUCUUUUAAUAAAAAAAUCGAUUGAUCUCCUAAUGCAUAUGAUACGAUAAAAAUGUUACUUAGGCAAAAAGCAAUGGUUUCGCUAAUCUGCUUUCAUUCAAAGAAAACAAAUCGGGAAAGAUUGUUACAUUGAAUGCGUUUGUUCCGUAGGAUAUCCGAAAAGUAUUAGCUUGUACAUAGGAUCUUUUAUAACUAAAUAUGAUAGGAAUCGAAACAAACUGUAGAGAUUUUUAAAACCGAGAACGCAACAUUCAAGCGGGUAGGACAACUAAUCGGCAAGGGCUUUUUUUACUCUCGAUAUCAAUCGCGUGUGUUGAAAUUUUAACGACACUUAAUUUUCCUUCGUAAUUAUUACUACCUACUGGAAAAAAAAGCAAAACGAUGGUCGCUCUGCGUAGAUGAUUUAUCAACUAGGUUAAUUCAAUUCGAAUUGCAAAAUCGUUACCAGCUAUUCUUAAAGUUGAAUGCGUCAAAUAACUGUAUAAUACUGACACUACGCCUUAAACCACCAAACGGUUACACGCACCGCAUAAUCAUUGACAUUUAGAAUGAAAUAACUCACAUGUAGCCAAUUCUUGAGAAGAUUUAUUGCGUGAAUACACUCAAAAUCAUUUGUUAAACUCUAAUUAUUCGAAUGCGUUUGUUCAUCAUAUUUGCCCAUUGGAUGAUUUUCGUAGAAAAAAAAUGAAUAUGUUAAAAUGUAGUCAUAGGCCUGUAUAUUCGCUCAAUAUCAGCUUAAGUUAUCUUAUAUGCCGCAGAAAGUUUCGGGAAACAUCAAGUAAAAUGAGAAAAUUUUAGAAAUUCAGUCGAACCGAUUUCCUGCUGUAGUAACGAAACCUUUUUACGAUUCUUUUUGAUUAAUCUAUGUGUUUUUAAGAGAAAAUGAUAACAAAUCAUACCACGCCAAUUAACCCCUGCGAAUCGAUUAUGAACUUCAAAGUAAUUUCAUUCAAAAAGCUCGAUUCCGUUGUGUAACAUUUCAUCAAUUGUAUCUGAGUAGAAUGUUACCUGUCAGAUUGCAAACACACUGGAUUUAUACGUUUUGUGUAUGCCAAGCGAAGUUGGGAUACAUAACACCACUUCGAUACUUAUAUAUACUCCGGUAUACAUUUAUGUUUUUUUUUUUAGUAUAACAAAAUUUGAUUAUUGUGCAAGUAGAUUCGUAGUGCUAGUCCCGCAACUGUCAAUUGUGCUACUAACAAGUGUUUUUUAACCGUUAUGUACUCGGCAGGGUACUUUAUUGCUUUAAGAAACAAGGAUAACCUCAACAGCCAGCUGAAACUUAUGGAAUGCUCUUAACUAUAAUAACUCCAUCUCUUCGAAAAAAAAAAUAAAACAGCAAA